CUGGAUAGUAACAAUGCGUACAAAGAAAAAAAAAAUUGUUUUUCAAAACAGAAAGUAUGCAAGAGCGUAUGCAGGCCGGCAAAAUCCGGUAGUUUCAGCUGCACGUAACCGGAUAAAGCUGGCCUCCCACAGCAGGUGACAUGAUUGGCUAUAUACUGGCAUGGUCAAGCCUCCUUCCCUUUUGUCUUGGAGUGAGCUUUGUCACACUCAUUGCCUUCCGAAGGGAUUUGCACACUAUCUCCUAUUUUCUUGGAAUUGUGCUGAAUGAAGCAACAAAUCUAAUCUUGAAACAUAUCAUUCAGGAACCUAGGCCUAAAAGGGGUCGAGAUAACUUGUAUACAGAGUAUGGGAUGCCUUCCAGUCAUACACAAUUCAUGUGGUUUUUUGCAACAUAUAUGGUCUUCUUUAUAUCUGUAAGGGUUUAUCGAAAUUACAACAUCAUCGAUGAUCUUUGGAAAAUUGCGGUGUGUACACUGAGCUUUCUGGCAGCUGCAGUUGUUACAUACAGCAGAAUUUACCUAGAAUAUCACACAGUGGGUCAGGUUUUGUGCGGUGCAGUAUUGGGAAUUGUUAAUGGGACUCUUUGGUUUGCUGUUGUCCAGUUUGUUUUGACACCUUUCUUUCCUCUUAUUGCUGCCAGCCCAGUUGGAGAAUUCUGUAUGGUACGAGACUCCACACUUAUUCCACAUGUCUUGUGGUUUGAAUAUACAUCUUCAAGAUCUGAAGCGAGGAGUCGCCAGAGAAAGUCUGUAUCCAAGAACAACAAGAAGGAACUGGCAGAAGAUGCUAUAACAAAGGACCUGCAGGUGCAAAUGGACCAUUCGCCCAGGCUCAGUCUUGCAGUUUUGGACAAAUAUGUCCACUGCAGCAGUAGUUUUCUGAGAUAAGGAUGGUAAUUUUCAUUGUUAUACAAUCUACAUACAUUUUCUUUCUUGUGCCAUAUUUGGCUAUUCUUUUUCAAUUAACAUUCAUGUUUGCAUGUGGUGAUAUUUUUCCAGACUUUACAUUUUUUAUUUGGGUUCUUCAAGCACUGCAUGCUUGCAAAGCUUUACUUUUGUUUAAUUUUCCCUUAACUUUUUUCUUUAAGUGAAACAGCUACAUUAUGUUGAGGAUAUAAAAACAACAGUAGGAAAAUGGGGGUUAACAAGAGGUUUUAUUUCCUAGGUGUUUGCCAGUCACUUUGUGUAAGGAAGCAAGCCUUUCUUUACAUGCCGAUUUUUUUUUUUAACACUUAAGUAGCAAGUCAGUCGACUCCAUUUUUUUUUAAUCUUGUAAGCUUUUAACCUACUCCACAACAACCUAAGUUCAACUCUAGCCAGCUUUAUUGAAAGCUGUAGCUGCUUGCUUGCUUGGGUACAGUUGUACUUAGGCUUAUGCCACCAAGGGGUUAAAGUAUGUGGUUAUUGUACACUUAUAAAGAUUUCUACUUAUGUGCUUAAAAAAAAAUCUAUGCCAUUUAUUUUCAUACCAACCUUUUUUUCAUAUUGCUGUAAACAAACAUGUAUUUGUGCAGGAAGGCGGUUAAUUUCAGAGCACUUAUGUAUAUUUAUACUACUGUGCUGUAAGAAACAUCUGUAUUUGCUAACUUAUUUCCCUUUUUAAAAUGUAAUAUUUUGGCUGCCUUCGACUUCAAAAUUUCAAAAGCAUAAUGUUUUACCUACUAUUCAUUUUCCAAAUUUAUAUUUAGCAUUAUGAAGAUGUCCUUCCUCUUUACCCACAAAUAGCUGUUUCAUGUUGCCAUAAGGGAUAUUGUCCUUGGCCUUUUACUGCUUAUUUUUUAAUAUUGCUUUCUUGUUUACCUUUUCAUAUUUUGAGAACUUUAUUCACUAUCAUGAUUACUAGUUAGUAAAAAGUGUCUACCCAUUUUCAUCUCAUUGGCAAGGUAUUUUCAUCAGUCCAUUAAAGUAUGCUUGUCAAAGAUGAUCAGAAAACACUUUGUUCUGUGCAACUGUAAUCAUGUGAUAUGAUGAUAAAAGAGAAGAUUAUAUAACAAUAAAUACAGCUUUGUGGGAGUUGCAUGCAAGUUUUUGUUUUCGCAUGGUAUCAUGUCUGUUGUUCAGUAGGUGGGUAAUUAAUGGAAAACCAAUCCUUACAGAUUUGCUAAAGAAGUUUGGAAGGCAACUUUGUUGUGCUUGUUUGUUAAAAAUUUUUUUAACUUUAAAAAAUGGCAGCAUUUUAGGCUUCCUUUUAUGGCAUUUUUGGGUUUGAUUGUCAGCGUGCAUCUAAAGGCUGAAUGACCUCUACAUUGUUGUUUUCAUAAUUUUUCUUUACACUAUUCAUUUAUUAUAGGAGACUAGAUAAUAUUACUCUGGACAAGGAAGUGAUGGUUACUUUUGAAAUACUAACCUGUAGAGUGAACUAAUGAACUGGGUGUGUUCAGGACCAGUGGUUCAGCACCAAAGUAGAUUUUAGCAGAAGCAGUUUUGACAAGCAACAUAGACAGAAAGGUGUGCUGGCAAAGUAUUUUUACUUUCAAGCAUUUUAAUUUCUUGUGUUGGGAGAACUGAGUAUUUUUUUCUCGAUACAGAAAUUCCAUCUGCCAUGUGGUGACACCUACCGUCAGUUAUGUGCGCAUUCAUCUUUGUUUUUCUAAUUACCAGCUUUCUGCUUCUCUUCUGAGAGAGUAUGUGCCUGGACACUAGAUCCUGUAAAAAAUUUUGACUUGUCUUUCUCAGCAGAUAAAUGAUGCUUACCAAAUAAACUGUCAUCUCAGCCCACUAACCAGUACACAUCACUGUCUUGUUUAGCACAGGCAGAAGAAACUUACCUACCGGCACACUUAUAGUCUAUUACUGAGACAAUUGGUGUUUGCUUUAACACUUUGAUUGGGAGAGCAUGGUUAGAUGAGAGUAAAGAGUGGUGUGUAACAUACGGUGUAUGUCAUGACUAUUAGCACACUCUCAGGAUCAAAAUUUAGAAUUUUUAACUUGAUCAGCUUACAGUCAGGGCAUUUUUAUGUCCAAAGCUUAGUCUUUUUAUAUUUAGGAUCUAAAGUUUACUGAAGGCUAUUUGACCACUGGACAAGGACAUCUUGCAUCAUUUUAUAUAUACUUUAAACAGUACUUGUUGACAAAAGUAGUGUACUGAAACGAAAUGUAUCUUGAUUGUACAAGGUUUAAUCACAGAAUUCAAAACCUGUUGUAAUAAUUAUUGUGCUGUCCAUUUAGAGAAAGGUUUGUGCUCGGUGAUCCUAGGAAUCUGAGGUAGCUUUUUAUUUAUUCGUAGUUCUUCCUAUGAUCGGCUACCUUCAAACCCACCCACCCCCAAAUCUCUGGUCAUUUUUUUUUUUUAGCUAUACAUAACAUGCUGUCCUGUUGUAUGGCAUUCUGUGAGCUACCAGUAAAAUGUGAACUUGUGAACUAUUUCAUAACUGCUAAAUACGCACAAGAUAAAUAUACCUCUACCUUAAGUAUUUACACAACUGUGUUCUUGUACAGUGUGUUGUAUAUGUAAAAGUGUUCCUGUAUAGUGUCUUGUAUACUAGAAAAUGGCUCAUCCUGUGAUUUGUCCUAUCAAAUAGAAUGAAAAACUGGUCAAUUUGCAAUGCAUAUUUUUGAUAAAGUGAAGAUGCUGCAAAGUGA